AUGAAACUUUCCAAUUUCAUAUUCCCUGCUGUUCUUGCUACUGUGGCUCUUGCUCAAGAGUCUGCUACUGGUCCUCUUCCCACUGAACUUCCCGGUGCAAAGGUUGUUGACAUCAUUGAGCUUGGUGCCGAUGAAUAUCCCAUUGGAAUCUCCAAUGGUACUAACUACUUCAUUUAUGUAGUUAACACUACCUCUCUGGCUACUGAUGGUGAUUCCGAUUCUUCUACUGAAUCCCUUGAGAAGCGUGCCCCCCGUUGGAUCUGGUGGAAGCCUUUCCCUGGUGAGCCUGCUUGGAAAAAACGUGACGCUCUUCCUGAAGCUGCUGCUGAAGCUGCUGCUGAAGCUGCUGCUGAAGCUGAGGCUGCCCCCCGCUGGAUCUGGUGGAAACCUUUCCCCGGUGAGCCUGCUUGGAAAAAACGUGAUGCUAUGCCUGAAGCUGAAGCCGAAGCUGAAGCUGAAGCUGCCCCCCGUUGGAUCUGGUGGAAACCUUUCCCCGGUGAGCCUGCUUGGAAAAAGCGUGAUGCUCUUGCUAAUCCUGAAGCUGAAGCUGCUCCUAGAUGGAUCUGGUGGAAACCUUUCCCUGGUGAGCCUGCUUGGAAGAAGCGUGAUGCUAUGCCUGAAGCUGAGGCUGCCCCCCGUUGGAUCUGGUGGAAGCCUUUCCCCGGUGAGCCCGCUUGGUAA